CUCUCAAAUAGAGAGAGUACACAAAAUGAACACCCAUUUAAACAUCGAAUUUAGCGCGAAAAGGUACAGCAAAAUCAAAACAAAGAUUCAGAAUGGCUAAUCCAAAAAUUCAUCUUGUAGUUGCUGCUUGCAGGAACCGAGGAAUUGGUAUGGAUGGUAAAAUUCCAUGGAGACUGAAGAAAGACAUGGAAUUCUUCAAGAGAAUAACUUCAGAGACAGAAAAUGAAUCGAAAGAAAAUGUGGUUAUCAUGGGACGCAAGACAUGGAUGUCCAUUCCGCCUAAAUUUCGACCCUUAAAAAACCGAGUGAAUAUAAUUCUUAGUAAUACCAUGACAGAACCUCCGGAUGGCGCCUAUUUAGCCAACAGUUUUAGUGAAGCCAUGAAAUUGUCAACAACAGGACCUAUGAAAGACCGAAUAGAAUCGAUUCACGUGAUAGGAGGAAGCAGUGUGUACCAAGAAGCACUCAAUUCAAACUAUGAUUGUCGUAUUUUUCUAACGAAAGUUGACGCUGAUUUCGAGUGCGAUACAUUUUUACCAGAAUUCGAAGAGAAAGCAACAGCGCUUGUGGACAAUCCUGCGAAUGUGCCAUCAGAAAUACAAACUGAAAAUGGAAUAAACUUUAGUUUUGUAGUUUAUGAUAAAAUUUGUUCCUGAUCAAAUCAGACAUUGUAUUUUAAAGAUUGACAGUAGAAUAUUAUCUCUUCGUGUUCUUCAAAAUCUUUGGUUUUGAUUCCCCCCUUGUACAUGACAAUAAUGAGUAGGGUUGCCUGUGCAACCGCAUGUGUUUUCUCCGGGUCAUCCAGUUUCUGAGUUUCCUCCCACACCUAAAGACCCCUCAAGCGAAUUUUUGAAAUAAAAUUGAACCAUAUGUUAGUCCCAGAAUGACCCAGUUAAUGUUGAGUCAACAUUAAACUACCAGUGUGGUACUUGUCUGAGUUAUCGUCUAGCUGCAUGUACAUAUACAAUUAGAACAUCACUAAAAUAAAACCUUGUUGAGAUAUC